AGAGAGAGGCACGGGGAGUGUGUGUGUGAGAGGAAAGGUCGUGCGCCGAGUUUUUUUACCAUGAAACUUUUGGGCUUUUUUGGCGAACUUGAACGUCUCCCCGGAUCGAAAAUCGCCGAGGUGGCAAGAUGGAGGUCACAGAGGUGACAGGGGUCCAAGAGGCCCUGAGCGUCCCGUCGUCACCGGCUAACCAAUCAGACGCCAGCAACUCCUCAAAGCCGCCUGAUUGGUCAGCUCCAUCUUCAGAGUACAACGAUGCUGAGGUGGUCCUGCUUGGCGCCGCCAUGGCCAUUCUGGUUGUGGCCAUCGUCUCUGGUAACGUGUUGGUGAUCAGCGCCAUCUUGCGCUCCCGCCGGCUGCAGACGGUCACCAACCUUUUCAUCACCUCGCUGGCGGUGGCCGACCUCAUCAUGGGCGUGGCCGUGGUUCCGUUCGGGUCCGUCUACAUCCUGCUGGGGUCCUGGCAUUUCGGCAACUUCCUGUGCGAGUUCUGGACGGCCACGGACGUGCUGUGCGUGACGGCCAGCAUCGAGACGCUGUGCGUCAUCGCCUUGGACCGCUACCUCGCCAUCACCUCGCCCCUGCGCUACCCCACGCUGCUCACCAGGCGCCGGGCCUUGGCGGCCAUUGUGGGCGUGUGGGCGGUGGCCUCGCUCAUCUCCUUCCUGCCCAUCCAUCUGAAGCUGUGGUUGUCACAAGACGCGGAGGCGCUGCGCUGUCUGGCCAACGAGCGAUGCUGCGACUUCAACACCAACGCGGCGUACGCCGUGUCCUCCUCGCUGGUCUCCUUCUACCUGCCGCUGGCGCUCAUGAUCUUCCUCUACUCGCGCGUCUUCCAGGAGGCGCAGAAGCAGCUGGAGAAGAUCCGAGGGCGGGAGCGGCAACUCCAGCAGCUGCGUCUCGACACCCGGGCGGCCACCGGCGAGCCCGGGCCGACCGCGGAGUCGACGGAGGCGCCGGAGGCGCCGGAGGAGGACGAGGGCUGCGGUUCCAAGCGGGUGAAACUGAGUCUGAAGGAGCACAAGGCGGUGAGGACUCUGGGCAUCAUUAUGGGGACGUUCACUCUCUGCUGGCUUCCCUUCUUCAUCCUCAACAUCCUCAUCAGCGUCCUCAGCCUGGGAGACAUCAAGCUGCUCUUCAGGCUCCUCAACUGGUUGGGGUACUCCAACUCCGCCUUCAACCCGCUCAUCUACUGCCACAGCCCCGACUUCAGGCACGCCUACCAGGAGAUCCUCUGCAUGCGAUGCAGACGGCGCCGGAAGGGGCGGGGCACGGGGCGGAGACGCGGGAACGCGGGCGCCGGGGUAAGGCCCCACAGUCGGCUGACCCAGACAUCCUCCACGGGGGAGGCUCUGGAAGUGUCCGCGGAGGACAGUUCAAACAGCGAGAGCUGUGAUGAAACACUGUUUACUCCGCAGGCUUGACUUUCAUUCACUCUGUGUUCGGACGGUACUUCUUAUUUUAAUACUUUGGAACGAUGGGCAUUUCUGGGUGUUGUUGAUGAAUGGCUUUCGCUUUGCAUGGUAGAGUUUUAACCGGCACUUGCAGGUGUAGCGACGAAUCGUAGUUACUGACAGCGGUUUUCUGCUGUGUUCCUGAGCCUAUGUAGUGAUAUCAUUUACACACCGAUGUCGCUUUUUGAUGCAAUACCGCCCGUAAUAUCAUCACAUACCUGCAGUGAUUCCUCCAACUUCGCCUUCAACCCGCUCAUCUACUGCCACAGCCCCGACUUCAGGCACGCCUACCAGGAGAUCCUCUGCAUGCGGGGCGGACCGCGCCGGAAGGGGCGGGGCACGGGGCGGAGACGCGGGAACGCGGGCGCCGAGGUCAGACCCCACAGUCGGCUGAACCAGACGUCCUUCACGGGGGAGGCUCUGGAAGUGUCCGCGGAGGACAGUUCAAACAGCGAGAGCUGUGAUGAAACACUGUUUACUCGGCAGGCUUGACUUUCAUUCACUCUGUGUUCGGACGGUACUUCUUAUUUUAAUACUUUGGAACGAUGGGCAUUUCUGGGUGUUGUUGAUAAAUGGCUUUCGCUUUGCAUGGUAGAGUUUUAACCGGCACUUGCAGGUGUAGCGGCGAAUCGUAGUUACUGACAGCGGUUUUCUGCCGUGUUCCUGAGCCCGUGUGGUGAUAUCCUUUACAUAUUGAUGUCGCUUUUUGAUGCAGUACCGCCCGUAAUAUCAUCACUUACCUGCAGGGAUUCCUCCAACUCCGCCUUCAACCCGCUCAUCUACUGCCACAAUCCCGACUUCAGGCACGCCUACCAGGAGAUCCUCUGCAUGCGGGGCAGACCGCGCCGGAAGGGGCGGGGCACGGGGCGGAGACGCGGGAACGCGGGCGCCGGGAUAAGGCCCCACAGUCGGCUGACCCAGACGUCCUCCACGGGGGAGGCUCUGGAAGUGUCCCCGGUGGACAGUUCAAACAGCGAGAGCUGUGAUGAAACACUGUUUACUCGGCAGGCUUGACUUUCAUUCACUCUGUGUUCGGACGGUACUUCUUAUUUUAAUACUUUGGAACGAUGGGCAUUUCUGGGUGUUGUUGAUAAAUGGCUUUCGCUUUGCAUGGUAGAAUUUUAACCGGCACUUGCAGGUGUAGCGACGAAUUGUAGUUACUGACAGCGGUUUUCUGCCGUGUUCCUGAGCCCGUGUGGUGAUAUCCUUUACACAUCGAUGUCGCUUUUUGACGCAGUACCGCCCGUAAUAUCAUCACAUACCUGCAGUGAUUCCUCCAACUUCGCCUUCAACCCGCUCAUCUACUGCCACAGCCCCGACUUCAGGCACGCCUACCAAGAGAUCCUCUGCAUGCGGGGCGGACCGCGCCGGAAGGGGCGGGGCACGGGGCGGAGACGCGGGAACGGGGGCGCCGAGGUCAGACCCCACAGUCGGCUGAACCAGACGUCCUUCACGGGGGAGGCUCUGGAAGUGUCCCCGGUGGACAGUUCAAACAGCGAGAGCUGUGAUGAAACACUGUUUACUCCGCAGGCUUGACUUUCAUUCACUCUGUGUUCGGACGGUACUUCUUAUUUUAAUACUUUGGAACGAUGGGCAUUUCUGGGUGUUGUUGAUAAAUGGCUUUCGCUUUGCAUGGUAGAGUUUUAACCGGCACUUGCAGGUGUAGCGACGAAUUGUAGUUACUGACAGCGGUUUUCUGCCGUGUUCCUGAGCCCGUGUGGUGAUAUCCUUUACACAUUGAUGUCGCUUUUUGAUGCAGUACCGCCCGUAACAUCAUCACUUACCUGCAGGGAUUCCUCCAACUUCGCCUUCAACCCGCUCAUCUACUGCCACAGCCCCGACUUCAGGCACGCCUACCAGGAGAUCCUCUGCAUGCGGGGCGGACCGCGCCGGAAGGGGCGGGGCACGGGGCGGAGACGCGGGAACGCGGGCGCCGAGGUCAGACCCCACAGUGGGCUGAACCAGACGUCCUUCACGGGGGAGGCUCUGGAAGUGUCCCCGGAGGACAGUUCAAACAGCGAGAGCUGUGAUGAAACACUGUUUACUCCGCAGGCUUGACUUUCAUUCACUCUGUGUUCGGACGGUACUUCUUAUUUUAAUACUUUGGAACGAUGGGCAUUUCUGGGUGUUGUUGAUAAAUAGCUGUCGCUUUGCAUGGUAGAGUUUUAACCGGCACUUACAGAUGUAGCGAUGAACUGUAGUUACUGACGGCGGUUUUCUGCCGUGUUCCUGAGCCCAUGUGGUGAUAUCCUUUACACAUGGAUGUCGCUUUUUGAUGCAGUACCGCCCGUAAUAUCAGGUUGUUAUCCUGAUAUAUCCAUGUUAUUACGGACCGUAGAUGGUGGAAUCCCUAAAUUCCUUGCAAUAGCUGGUUGAGAAAUGUUCUUCUUAAACAAUUUGCUCACACUUUUGUUCGCAAAAUAUUAGUUUGUACUGUCGCACUUUAAAAUGUAUCUCAAUGUUUACAGUACAUACGUGCCAACCCUCCCGAUUUUCCCGGGAGACUCCCAAAUUUCAGUGCCCCGCCCGCAAAUCUCCCCAGGGCAAACAUUCUCCCGAAUUUCUCCCGAUUUCCACCCGGACAACAAUAUCGGGGGGGGAUAUCCUUAGCGUCCUCUCUCACCUGAAAAGGAGACUAUCAUAUACGUCUCCGUUAUCCAUAGGUUCAUCUAUUACCCAUAAAGUAAGCCGGGACGUUAAUACACCGACACAAUACAUCCACAAUUCCCAUCAUGCAUUGCUUCAAAACUACGGCAAGUGGUAAUGUCCAAAAAACAACAUAACAGAGACGGAGCCGAAGAACCAAGACCAGACAACGGCGACGACCAGUAAGAAGAAAAGAAGUACGCUUGCCAGUUCCAAAGUGAUUGGGAAAAGAAUUAUAAUUUCAGUUCAUCCAGGACAGCUCGAAGGGGAAGAGGUAUGCUGCCUGCAAGUUUUGUAGAUAGAACACGGUGGAUGAACGGAUACUUGAAAAUAUACACUCCAAGUUCCACAUUUGCAUCGUAAAGUCAUGCCCCGCCUCACUCUCUCGGCUUCCGUCUGCUCCAGCGUCUCACCCUCUGUUUGUGCUCACUUCUAUAAGCAACAGUUCAUCCUCUGUAUAUUCAGCUUCGAAAAGAUAUGGUUGUGAAUCUUCAUUUGUCCAAGAAACGCCGUCUUUGUUGUCUGUUACCAAGUCUGCCAUGAUUGUAACACACUCGCGUUUGUUUCCAGGAGUAGGGACACACAUGUUUUGCCCGAAGUCGGUAGUGCGCUGCUAUGGAAACGGAAAUAAAUGCCAGCAUGGAUUAAAAUGAUC